UAUGGUGGAGUCAUGAACACUGACCUUAACUGAGGCAAGUGAAACCUGCAGUUCUUUGGAUGUUGUUGUGGGGUCUUUUGUGACCUCUUUGAUGAGUUGUCGCUGUAAUCUUGGGGUAAUUUUGGUCAGCCGGCCACUCCUGGGAAGGUUCUCCACUGUUCUCCAGAGUCCCAAAGCUUUGGAAAUGGCUUUAUAACCUUUUCCAGACUGAUAGAUCUCAAUUACUUUCUUUUUCAUUUGGAAAGGACUUUAUUUAUUUAUUUUAAUAUAAUCUCAUUGUACAUUUCCCCUCCUGUUCACAGCUGACAUUAGGGACACCAAUACAUUGGUCCUCUCUUUUUUUUUCUAGUUGGUUAUAAAGCUAACGUAAAACAUUAUCCAGUGAUAUAGCUUUAUCAUGUUCAUGAAUGCUGCUUGACAUACAAAUGACAAAUCACAAAAGACUCUUUAUUGUUCUUGGAGAAUGUUCCCAGACUGGUUAUCUGACUGUAGACUUUAGAUGUUUCGCUUUUGUUGUAUUCUGUGUUUUCUUUAUUACAAAUCCUUGUCAUUUUUACACGCUUCCUUAUUCUUCUUCAGAUUUUUUUUUGGCCCCUCCUUUAUUCAUUCCUUUUUUCUUUUUUUCUUGUAGGGGCAGGAUUAUGUGACUGUUGCUUGUUUUACACGCAGACCAUCCCUUUUGUUGCUUGUGUGUUUGUAGAGCUCACAUUUUAAGUGGGAUUGAUUUUCUGAACAUGUUAUUCAACUUUUGUUUACCAGAUUGUGUCUAAAAGGAAUUUCAUCUCUAAAGCAGGACCUACUUCCAGGUUUAUGCGGCCUGUUUUGAGAUUAAUGAAAAGACGGCCCUCAAUUUUCCUUCAUCACUUCUCACAAUCUUGAUGUGAUCAGCUUUUUUGUCUGCCGCAAGACCAAGAUUGCAAGAUGACAUUUUUGCGACUUCAGAAAAAGCUAGUGCUGUCCUUGUUCGUGUUGUUUUUAAUAGGAGGGUUGUACCUACUGGGCUCAAACCGUAAUCACAACAGUUUAGAGGACUACGAAGGAUACAAGGACACGUACCCUGAUCUUUGGAAUUCUGAAUUUAAUAUGGAAAAUAAAGAUGAACAGACAGACGACACAAUAGAGGAUGUAUACAAAAGACCUUGGAUCGAAAUGCACAACAAACCUACAAAUUCUUCAUUGAAACCUGUAAAUCCAGUUCAACUUUCAGAACAAGAUUUCUUAGGAGAUGAAUAUGCAGUUGAUAAUGAUAUGCCACAAACUAGCUGCUCCAACAGCAUCCAGAAAAAGAUGCUGAAGACUGACUUUGCUGAGACGUAUCUACCCAGUGUGCCAGUCUUGCAGUGGGCAAAGCAUUUCUCUGAGCAGGAAUACGAGCGGUUAUCUCACUACCAUGGUGCCCAUGGCUGGGGUAGUGUCAGUAUUGACAUUCUGAAUGAAUCUUUGUCCCUCCUAAACACUUCUGCUAACCGGGUGAUGUUUGAUGACUGGAAGAAUAGAAAGUCCCGAUCAGGUUGCAUCCGCUGUGCUGUGGUUGGAAAUGGCGGAAUCCUGAAUGGGUCAAAGAAAGGCAAGGAGAUUGACCACAAUGACUAUGUGUUCAGGACAAAUGGUGCAGUUAUUAAUGGCUUUGAGAAGGAUGUUGGCUCACGUACCUCUUUCUACACCUUCUCCACCAACACCUUUCGCAACUCUUUAAGAAGUUAUGCACAUGCAGGCUAUAAAAGCGCUCCAAAGAGCAAGGAGACCAGGUACAUUUUCCUUCCUGAUCAUGACCGGGACUAUAUUCUCAUGCGAGCUGCAUCCUUGCACAUACCAAUCAAGUAUGGAAAAGAGCGGAGUUCAAAGCCUCCCGUAUAUUUUGGACCUAAUGUAACUGUAGAGAACUUUAAAAUGUACCACCCUGACUUUGUCCGUUACAUCAGAAACAGGUUUCUGCAUUCAGGCAGACUUAAAAGCAAACUGAGAAACAUCUACAGGCCGUCUACAGGAGCCGUGAUGCUAUUGGCAGCUCUCCAUACGUGUGACGAGGUAAACGCCUACGGAUUCAUGACUCCAGACUUCAGAAAUUACUCAGACCAUUACUAUGACAAAUAUCCUCGUAAGGUGCGUUUCUUUGCCAACCAUGACCUGCGAAUGGAGUUGAAUCUGUGGCAGAAGCUACACAAGGCAGGACUGAUAAAGCUCUACAUGCGAACAUGACCUUUAGUCUAACAAGCCUAAAUUGGACUCUGACCCCUCGCAGGAUUUAAGGCGUUUUGUGCUGUAGAUAAAAAUCCAUGUCAUGUUUUAAUGCCUCUGGAUUUUUUUUUUUUUUUUGACUCCCACAAAUUAAAGAGUAAUAUCAAUGAACUUUGAACUAGACUACAUUUAAACCUUGUCAGCUCACGAAGUUGACGAAAUGAUAUUUUCGUGUAAAGCGUGAAACUUUCUAAGAAUUUGAUGAAUGUAAGUGUGUUGGGAGCAUUGUGCAAGUGUGACUUGUAAUUUAGUACCUUGUUGUGUAAUGACAUAGAUGAAGGCUCUUAUAGCAAAAUGACAUCAAUGCUUAUACAGCAUAAUUUCUGGUGAACUUUGACUUUAAUGCUUAUUGUUAUGUUUUUCUGUAAUAUAUUAAAGACAGGGAAAAUAUUACGAAGUCUGCAUGUGGAAGAUGGGACUAAUUUUGAAUAUUGCUACCUCAAAUAAGUUAUAAAUAACAGCUAAGGAAAAUGUCUUGUAUCGACAAAUAGUUGGUUGUUGAUGGGCAUUUACUUAAAGACAGUUUUGCCUCGUUUGCCUUUUUUUUUUUUUUUGAAUUAAUAAUUCAAGUUUUAAUUUAUUUUUUAUGAAAUAAAGGAAGUAGUAUUUGACUUGA